CUGGGUUUUUUUAUACCACAAAUGGCGAAAGUUCAUAUUUGCGAUGUCAAAGUCUUGAACAACCCCUGCACAUUUUUCAGUCCAUUCCAAUUUGAGAUCGUUUUCGAAUGCAUCGAUGAAAUUCCAGAAGAUUUGGAGUGGAAAUUGACAUAUGUAGGAUCAGCAGAAAGUGCAGCACAUGACCAGAUUCUUGACACUGUAGUUGUCGGUCCAGUUCCAGUUGGGAAACACAAAUUUGUCUUCCAAGCGGACCAGCCAGAUCCUGAAAAAAUUCCAGUAGCUGAUGCUAUUGGUGUAACUGCAGUCCUGCUUACUUGUUCUUACAAGGAACAUGAAUUUGUAAGAGUGGGUUAUUUCGUCAACAAUGAUUACACAGAUCCUGAACUUAAGGACAAUCCACCACCAGUACCCCAAUUUGAUAAGAUGACACGGAACAUUCUGGAAGAGCCAAGAGUUACCCGAUUUAAAAUAGACUGGGGUGGCGAAGCGUGUGAAGCACCGAAUGAAAUGGAAACCGAGUCCCAAGUUGAAAUACGUGAAAACACCGAGAAUAGUCUCAUGGAACCUCCACUCAAGUCCUACAUUCACAGCGAGUCGAGCCACAGCACUAUGGAAGUAGUAUAACAUCUUCAUUUACUUUCUUUGCAAUCCAGUGUCUGAUACCUCACCUGUUCCACUGUUUCAAUUAAUUUGCAUACUUAUGUAAAAUGUUUUCCCCUUGAUUAGGAAAAUUCUUUUGAGUAAUAUACGUUUUCUGUAAAAUAAUUAUUAGGCGUC